GAAUCCAUAAUUCACCUCCAUUAAUCUCCCAAAUCUCUCUUCAAUGGCUUCCAAACCCGCCUCUUCAAUCUCCCGAUACGCUUUCCACGUUUUCAUCAGUUUCAGAGACGAAGACACUCGCAAGAACUUCACCGAUCACCUCUACACUGCCUUAGUCGGCGCUGGUUUGCGCACUUUUCGAGACGAUGAUGAGAUCGAGAGAGGCGAAAACAUCAAAUCAGAGCUCGAAAGAGCGAUCAAACAAUCGAGGAGUUCGGUCAUUGUGUUGUCCAAAGACUACGUUUCUUCCGGCUGGUGCCUCGAUGAACUUGUCAUGAUUGUUGAACAAAGGAGGACCGUUGGGCAUGUAAUUUUACCUGUUUUUUAUGAUGUUGAUCCGUCGAAUGUUCGGAAGCAAAGUGGGACUCUUGCUGAAGCAUUUGAGAGGCAUGAGGCAAAAUUCAAAGUGGAAAUUGAUGAAAGAAAGAGGAAACAAGGGAUGGAGAAGAUGGGAUUGUGGAGGAAAGCACUUGGAGAAGUCGCUGAUUUGGGAGGUAUGGUCUUGCAAAAUCAAGCUGACAGGCAUGAGUCAAAGUUUAUCCAAAUAAUUGUUCAGGAGAUUGUGAGUAAAUUGGAUUUCACGGUCUUAAGUGUUACCCCCUAUCAAACUAGAAUAGAUUCUCAUGUAAAAGACAUUAAUCUGUGGUUCCAAGGUGGGUUGAACAAUGUCAGCAUAAUGGUGAUCUGUGGGAUGGGUGGAAUAGGGAAGACCACCAUUGCAAAAAUUGUUUAUAACCAAAACUUCGACAAAUUUGAAGGUAGCAAUUUUCUUGCAAAUAUUAGAGAAACUGCAAAACAACCUAAUGGUUUGGUUCGUGUGCAAAGACAACUUGUUUCAGAUAUUCUGAAGUGGAAUAAGGAAAGAAUAAACUGUGUUGCUGAAGGAAUCAAUAAGAUUAAAGAUGCUAUGUGCUGUAAAAGAGUUCUAGUUGUUCUUGAUGAUGUUGAUGAUUUGGACCAAGUAAAUGCGUUAUUGGGGAUGCAAGAUUGGCUUCUUCCAGGAAGUAAGAUUAUGAUACCUACUAGACAUGUGCAAUUACUAAAGGCUGAUGAAGUGUACGAGUCAUAUGUGGUUAAGGAAUUGAAUGACGAUGAAGCACUUUGUCUCUUCAGCCGGCAUGCCUUUGGACAAGACAAACCUAUUGAAGCUUACAUGGGGCACUCAAAAAGGGUAAUACACCGCUAUGGUGGCCUUCCACUAGCUCUGGAAGUCUUGGGCUCUUAUCUGUCUGGCGAAAGUAUUGGUGUAUGGGAAAGUGCAUUAUUAGAUGAUCAUGAGAAAAAUAUAUUCCUUGAUAUUGCUUGUUUCUUUGUUGGAAAGGACAAAGAUUACACAGUUAAAAUACUAGAGGAAUGUGAUUUCCCCAUAACAAUUGGUAUUCAAAAUCUCACUCGUAGAGGUCUCAUAGAAGUUAAUAAAGAUAACAAGCUAAUAAUGCACCAAUUAUUUAGAGACAUGGGUAGAGAAAUUGUUCGCCAGGAAUCACAAAAGGAACCUGGAAAGCGCAGCAGAGUGUGGUGUUUCAAGGAUGCCUUCAAUGUGUUGAGGGAUAAAACUAUAAGAAUCAUGCUUCCCUCUCUCUCUCUCUCUCUCUCUCUCUCCAUUAUGCACAAUUUAAGACUACUUCAGCUUAAUAAUGUAAGACUCAGUGGCGGAUAUCAAAAAUUUCCUAUGAAGUUAAGAUGGUUGUGUUGGCAUGGAUUCUCUUUAAAAUUUAUACCAAAUGAUUUUACUUUGGAUAGCCUGGUUGUCCUUGAGAUGCAAAAUAGUAGCUUGGAACAACUCUGGAAGAGAACCAAGUUGCUCAGAUCAUUAAAAAUCCUUGAUCUCAGUUAUUCCUAUAGCCUUACCAAUUUCCCUGACUUCUCACCGCUUCCUAAUCUUGAGAGACUGAUCCUUAAAUAUUGCAUAAAUUUGGUUGGGAUUCAUGAAUCAAUUGGGGAAUUAGGGACCCUUGUUUUGUUGAAUCUUGAAGGCUGUAAAAAUCUAAGGAAGCUUCCAAAGAAAGUUUUUCUGGUCAAAUCCCUUGAACUGAUUCUUAGUGGAUGCUUAAUGCCGAAUGGGUUGCCCCCUGACCUAGGCAAGAUGGAAUCUUUGAAAUGUAUGAGUGGUGCCGAUGUAGUUGGGAAGAGCAAAGGACUGCAGUGGAUGUAUAUUCCAGUAGUCAUAGGAAUGAUUUUGAAUCAGUUAAUGGAAGAUGAUGAUGAAGUGGAUGUCUCAAUGGAUGCAGGAGAAGCUUUUUGGGUAAAGGAACUUGGAAUUCAUGUUCUUAUAUGCCUUGUAACAAUUGAUGGAGUAAACAACAAGCUAAUGAUGCAUCAAUUGCUUAGAGACAUGGGGAGGGAGAUUAUUCGCCAAGAAUCUCCUAAGGAGCCUGGAAAAUGCAGCAGAGUAUGGCGUCAUAAGAAUGCCUACAAUGUAUUGAAAGAAAAAACUAAUCAAAUGAAGAAAUUGGUUUGUCAAAGAUGCCUUGUAACAAUUGAUGGAGUAAACAACAAGCUAAUGAUGCAUCAAUUGCUUAGAGACAUGGGGAGGGAGAUUAUUCGCCAAGAAUCUUCUAAGGAGCCUGGAAAAUGCAGCAGAGUAUGGCGUCAUAAGAAUGCCUACAAUGUAUUGAAAGAAAAAACUGUUGUAACAAUUGAUGGAGUACACAACAAGCUAAUGAUGCAUCAAUUGCUUAGAGACAUGGGGAGGGAGAUUAUUCGCCAAGAAUCUCCUAAGGAGCCUGGAAAAUGCAGUAGAGUAUGGCGUCAUAAGAAUGCCUACAAUGUAUUGAAAGAAAAAACUGUAAGAUUUAUACUUCUCUUGUCUAUUGAGAGCCUGGUUGUUCUUGAUAUGCGCAAUAGCAGCUUGGCACAACUUUGGAAAGGAACCAAGAUGCUCAGAUUGUUGAAGAUCCUCAAUCUUAGUCAUUCCCAUGGCCUUGUCGAUUCCCCAGAUUUCUUGCUGCUCCCUAAUCUUGAGAAACUGAAACUUAAAGAUUGCAUAAAUUUGGUUGGUGUUCAUGAAUCCGUUGGGAAAUUAGAGAGACUUGUUUUGCUGAAUCUAAGAGAUUGCAGAAAUCUUACGAAGCUUCCAAGGGAAAUUGUUCUGCUCAAAUCCCUUGAAGAACUUAUUCUCUCCGACUGCUCAAGUCUUGAUAAGUUGCCUCCUGACCUGGUCAAGAUGGAAUCUUUGAAAGUGCUUCAUGCAGAUGGAAUAAAUCAAUUGUCCUCAAAUAGUGGAGCAGUUAAACAAUGGCAUGAACAUAUUUGGUCUUGGGUAUCAAAACUAGGAAGCCGCCCUGAAUCCAUUUGUUUCUCAUUGACUUCCUUACCACGCUCUUUCAAAUUGCAAUAUAUCUGGCUUCAAUCACUUCCAGAGCUUCCAAUGAGUUUAGCAGGAUUAAAUUUAACUGGAUGCAGGUCUUUGGAAACGGUAGCAAAUCUGCCAAACCUAUUUAACCUACUAAUGUUGGACAUAUGUCAUUGCGAGAAACUAGUUAAGAUUCAGGGAUUAUUGAAGUUAGAACCAAUUGGAAACAUUGAUUUGGAAAUGAUUAACAAUUUGAGCUUAACCGAGUGGGAUUUCAUGGGAAUUGCUGAGUUUAAACUAUACAGUAACCUAACUGGUGCAAUUAUUAAAGCUCCCACACUCUAG